AUGUCAUCGUCAAAAGAAGUGAAUCAAAUGAUAGAAAAGGAAUCUUCCAAAACAUUACCAAAUUUCAUUCAAGUUUGGAAUUCAACAGAGGAUGAAAAUUGGUCUGUAGAAAAGGAAUAUGCAAACAUCUUCAUUGAUGAUGAAGUACAAAAAGAGAUGGAAAGUACCGGGUAUGUAUCAAGAACAAGCAAUGUUCCAGAUAAAAACACCAACUUGGAUGAAAUGAAUUUUACACGCAAAGACGUAUCCCAGGAAAUGUCUGUUUCAAAAAGCGUUCAUUCAGCUGAUGCAGACGAAAAACAAUUAGAGAUAAAUAAUGCUUUGGAAGAAGAACCAUUUGUUAAUAGAGACUCGGAUAAUUUCAAUGAAGAAGAGCCUCUUGUUCAGAAAGAUUUGGACAAUUUGGAUGAAGAAGAGCUUCUUGUUCAGGGAGACUUGGAUAAGUUGGAUGAGGAACAAAUUGUUCAAAGAGACUUAGAUAAUUUGGAUGAAACCGACUAUUGCGAUAGUGAAGACGAAUACGCAGAAAAAGAACAGACAUCUAGUGUUAUGGACAAAAUCUUUAAACCACUUCCUAAAGAAUUCCGCCAUUUUGAAGACAAAUACAAUAGAAGAGUAGAUGAAGACCCAUAUAUACAUACACUAAGGAAUUCAAUCAAGAAAUUCGCAGAGGACAACUGUUUUGAGAUUCAUGAUGGUCCAUUAGAUGGUGCUUGCAUGUUUCGCUCGAUAGCUGACCAACUCAUGAUAAAUGGACGAUUCGGGCACACAGCAGACGACCUGCGAGAAGAAGCUUUAGAAUAUCUGCGAAGGAACCCACUGCUAUCAGAUGGGACGCAUACCCAGUAUUUCCUCUCAAAAGAAACAUGGGAGCAGUAUCUUCAGAGAAUGCAACAGAAAACAGAAUGGGGAGACCAUAUAGUCCUUAAGGCCAUAGUAAACACAAUCAACGUUAACAUAGUGAUUUUGAAUGUCAAAGAAGAUUCCGUCCAACGGACUGAGCUUUCCCCAGAUAAUAAAAGUAUGGACUUGUGGGGAAUAACCUUGACCUUGGGGCACUUGGGCGAGUUCCAUUACUUGAGCUUGAGGCCAAUACUAUGGAAAAAAUACUGGCCUUUCAAGGCAAUCUUAUUAAAGCUACAGUCGAGCUUACAUGGGACAUCUUUUACCUUAAGAGAUGAGGUUCUUAGAGCCAAAUUAGCAAAAAUGGGAAUAAAAAAGCUUAUUGAAGAGGCGGGAUUCAUUGAUUUGAGACCAAAUGCACAUGAUAGCCCAGAAAACUCAUCCAGAGAAGGACAUUACUCAGCAACUUCAAACAACAUAGACACUGUUGAAAGCUUAAGUAAUCAAUUUGAAUUCUCCCAAGAGAGUAGAUCUUUGGUGGAGGAUUCACUGCAUAAUGAUACGCUAUCUGGAGUUAAUCUCUUCAAGCUUUCAUACUUUCUCAAGCAUUUAAUGCCUUUCAAAAUGAUGAAAAUUUACACUCCCGAGUUGCCGCAAAGAAUGCGCCAUUUAGAUUUACCUAUUGUGUAUGAAAUCACAGGUGCUUAUGCUGAUCGAUCGGAUGUUGCUCUCCGGGACAUAUCAGUCACAAAGACGAUGUGGAUGCAACAUGAUGAAAAAAAAGUUAAACAGCCAGUCUUGAUUGCUAUGGAUUUAGAGGUAGAUGUUCAGCAUUCCAAUCAUAUUUGUGAUCGAUUUCAUAAAAAGACUGUUUACUACGCUGACUUAAAUGAGACACAUCCUGGGUACUGUCGCCUCAGAAAAAGUCUAGGAGACACUUUCCAUGCAAAAUGUAGAGAAAGCAAUUACUUUGCAGUCGAUGAAAAAGAAUUUACAUUAAGCAAUCUUCCUUAUUAUUGUUACAAAGGUUUUCUUUGUCACUCACUUCCUCCUAACUUUAGAGAUUGGAAAUAUUCAAGUUGGCCCUCUGAAGCAGUGAAAGAAGCACUUCUAAUUUUGAAAUGUGCAGUAUUUCCAAAAUCCCAUCCCAGAAGUGAAAAACCACAGUAUGAAUGGAAAUACAACUUCUCCAUGGCAGAAAGAUGUCUAAUGAAAGACGGACUUACCCCUUAUCAGUGCCAUGCUCUGUAUGUGCUGUGGAUCAUUCUUGAAAAUAUGACCAUGCAUUUGCAGAAGCCAAUUAAACGCAAACACUUGAAAGCUGUAUUUUUUAAUGCUUGUGAACAAAUUCCUGAACAUGCAUGGGAAACAAACAUUGGCGGCUGCCUUCUCUUUGUCAUCAGUUUGUUACUGUCGUGUUUGAAAAAGAGAUUCUUACCACAUUAUUUUAUUCCAUCAAACAACAUCAUUGAUUGCUAUUCAUCGGAGGAAAUUGAUACGUUGUGUGUAUAUGUAGAGGCCAUUCGUCUUUUUCCAGUUUUCACCAUCCAGAGCAUAGCUGAAUUUCACGGAUACAUGUUCGGAAGAAAGCUUUCAAAUCUUUUAUUCGGAAACAUUUCACCGAAAGGUGUAAAAUCUCAAUUUAUUUUGAGAAACAAAAUGGUAUGCUGCACUAUCGAGGCUGUCAAAUUUUACACGCGACGAGGACAUUACGGAGUUGCAUCUGAAUUGCUUCGAGAUGCCCAUGAAUGCAUGUUACUUGGUCCAGAAUCAGAAGCAAAUCAGCCAGGCUUUCUUGAAUUUAUCAUUGCUGCAAUUGAAGAACUUUCCCAGAGAUCCUCCCGCAUAAUUCUCGCUAAACGUUUUGAAAAAGAACAUCAUCUAGAUAUUUCUGACAAAUAUGAAGCCAAGAACAAGAUUCUUGCAAGACAUAUUCUACCAUGGGAAGUCGAUUAUAGACUAGCCAGCAUUGAAAUUCCAGUAAAUGAGGAAGUGAAUUUCAGAUUUCUAGCAGAAUUUUUCCACUCAACUUUUCAGGAAAAUUUGAUCAGAAAACGAAACGCAUGUCUUGCUUCUUUUGCCAUUCAAACUGCCGUAAAAUGCAUAGAUGAGGCGGUUAGUGCUGACUAUUAUGCCUCUAAGUCUGAAAAAGAUAAGAAACCUGAUAUACUGAAGAAGAAAGAUUUAAGCGAAUUAAAACAAGAGAAACUGCAUUACCUGGUAGAUGUGUACAAAGUGUCGAUAGCCUUAGACUCUGUCUAUCCUAUUCGAGAUUAUGUACACGAAGUAGAGGAUCUCUGCAAAGAUCUUCCAAAAUACACGAAUCUUUUAAGAGCAAUGUUGCAUUACACUGGUGACCAUAAAAUGUGCAAGGGAUUCAACAAAAACAGCCACUUUUGGGACGGUAAUAUAUUAUAUUUGACAUGA